CAGGAACACGGCCCCCUUUCCACUCGCUCCUGGUCGUCCUUUUGCUCUUCAAACUCGCGUGGUGGAGGCAGCGAGAAAGGAACCGCAAGCAAGCAGCACUGAGAACAAGAACAAGACGAAGAAGAAGCGAGGAAAGGAGAUGGGAGAAACAAGCUCAAGAAAGAAACAAGAAAGAAACAAGCUCAGUGCUCCCACUAAUUCAACGUAAUGAUGCGCAGCCCCAAGAUGAAGCCUGCAGUAGAAGUCCUUAAAUGGCCGAUAAAGCCACGCGGCAGAGAUGAAAUCCGUGCUCCAGUGGCCGUGUUUUCUUCAGAUCAUCAUCAUCAGGCAGUACAAUAUCCCAGACAAACGAGGCGUCCCGCUCCAAAGUAUUUCCAUCACCGGCAAGACGACGGUGAUGAGGUCUCCUGGGCAAACAAGAUGGAAUUGCGCGGGUCCGCUAAUGGAUUGUGGAGUGCGAUGUCUCCGGAGCGCUGCCAGUGGGAACGCCAGACAUCGGGAUUUCAUUUGAAAUCCAAAAUGCAAGUCAGAUGAUCAGCCACGUGGGCUUCCAUUCCACACGAGGUGGCAGAAGCACUCAUGUGGAAGUGCAGACACUGCCCUCCAACUAACCACCCACCCAUCCAACCACGCCUCCUCCACGAGACUCCCCAGCUCCCUUCCACAAAAGAGACAGCGGGGCCCAGAGGACUUAAUUUGUCCCCGCACACUUUGUCCCCGGCCGGCUCCAGUGGAAGCCGUUUCCAGCGUGUAGCCGCAACUGGUUUCCUGCCCCGGCAGAGUCGCUAUCUCCCUGCAUUAAUAACGUCCUCAGCUGCCUCGGUCCCAGAUGACUCCCAGCUGUAAAUGGAAACAGCCAGAAUAGUUUGGAGAUGCUGCCACUUGUUCCAGUCUUCCUCGAGUCGCUCCCGGCUUGGAGGCCCCCAGGUAACACAUGUCACAAUGGCCUGGUGCCCCCCAUGGCCCGCUCAGCCUUGCCGUCUGUUCACAGUGCUCUCAGCGUCAAGCACUUUCUUCCCUUCCCAUUGGACAACGCCUCGGCCGCUGUCAACCUCUUCCCAGGAUUCAAUGCCAUGGACCCGGUCCAGAAGGCCAUCCUACAUCACACGCUGGGCCUCCAGCCCGCUGCCACCAAGAAGAGGCACGUCUCCUGCGGCGUCUGUCGACUGAGGUUCAACUCGCAGGUACACCUGAACCAAGCGUUGGCCCACUACAAGGGCACCAAGCACGCCAGGAAGCUAAAAGCCCUGGACGCUCCCAAAAGCAAGCUCAAAGGAACGGCGCUCACCAAGGAGCCCAAAGCAGACAGGAAAGAUGUGGUUGCUAGCGCGGCGCCCCCUUCGCUGUCCCCCGCGCUCCGACUGGCAGAGUCCCACGAAACGCCGACCGACGUUGCCGGAGUCUUAUCCUCGGUCCCGGACGCCCCGGAGAGGACCUCGGAGGUUGAGCUCCACUCGCCCUCAGAACCUGAACCGGACCUGGACCCGGAUAAAGAACCCGAGAAGGACGCGGAAACGGAGGAGGAGAAAGCUCGCCGUCUGCUCUACUGCUCGCUUUGCAAAGUGGCCGUCAACUCGGCGUCGCAGCUGGAGGCUCACAAUAGCGGCACCAAGCACAAGACCAUGCUGGAGGCCCGCAGCGGCGUGGGCUCCAUCAAGUCGUUCCCGCGGCCGGGAGUCAAAGGCAAGGUGGCGCCGCCGUCCACGUCCAAGGCGUCUACGGGCCUGCAGAACAAAACGUUUCACUGUGAGACGUGUGACGUGCACGUCAACUCCGAGACGCAGCUGAAGCAGCACAUCAGCAGUCGUCGCCAUAAAGACAGAGCGGCAGGCAAACCGGCCAAGCCCAAAUAUACUCCCUACAGCAAAGGAACCACCAAGCAGACGCAGAUCAAGUUGACUUUGGGCAAAGAACGUCAGUGCCCCUCCCUGGCCACCCUUCUUCCCGCACAACUAAUGGCCGCCGCAGCCGCCGCCCUCGGCAACACGUUCCCGCAGCGCGCCGCUCCCGGCCACGCCCCCAGCCCCGGCCUCUUCCCGACACCGCCCCUCCCCGCCUCCCUCCUCCGCCCUGCCCCCGGCCCCAUCAGGACCGCCCAUCCGCAAGUCCUCUUUGCGCCGUAUUGACCCCCCCCCCCCCCCGAUCAGGCAGCGGCGGCGGACCAGUCUAUGCAUCUGGGAUUCAAGAUGGAGAGCUGUCGGUCAACUUGUACAGCUACAUGAGGGCAAUAAUGUAACACACACACACACACACAUGCGUGAACUACUAUGCAGUGUCAUUACUCCAUGAGUGUCGUUGGGUGGCGCGCACGUUCCUGUUUGCACUUUAACUUCUGUUGACGUGCACGUUUGACGUUAGACUCUGUUCAAUGGUUAGACUACGUGUCGUUUUUGGGGGGUUUGUAUUAGUCCUUGCGUAUGUUUACACUAUUCCCAGAAAGUUAGCGAUAUUUGGUUUUGGUGUGAAAUUUCCACAUGAACCUCAUAUAGACCUUUACGGGCGAACGUAAUUUUGAAUUGGUCAAAUUAAGUUCACUUGUGAAAGUCAGACUGAAAUUUUACACUAACACCCCAUAUCUAAAAGUUCUUGUGAGUAGUGUGUAUGUGUGUGUGUGUAUGCGUGCGUGCGUGUGUGUGUGUGUGUUUUGUGUGGACCACCGAUGCUUCUGUGUGUUACGUGUCAAAUGUGUAAAAAAAAAAGUGUUCAUUUGAAAUAAAACAAGAGUCCUACUUUGUUAAAUGUG